AUGGGCUCAGGGCGCCGGGCGCUGUCCGUGGUGCCGGCCGUGUUGCUGGCCCUCACUCUGCCGGGGCUGCCCGUCUGGGCGCAGAACGACACGGAGCCCAUCGUGCUGGAGGGCAAGUGUCUGGUGGUGUGCGACUCGAACCCCGCCACGGACUCCAAGGGCUCCUCUUCCUCCCCUCUGGGGAUCUCGGUCCGGGCGGCCAACUCCAAGGUCGCCUUCUCGGCGGUGCGGAGCACCAACCACGAGCCGUCUGAGAUGAGCAACAAGACGCGCAUCAUUUACUUUGAUCAGAUCCUAGUAAACGUGGGUAAUUUUUUCACGCUGGAGUCUGUUUUUGUAGCACCAAGAAAAGGAAUUUACAGUUUCAGUUUUCAUGUCAUUAAAGUCUACCAGAGCCAGACAAUCCAGGUUAACCUGAUGUUAAACGGAAAACCGGUAAUAUCUGCCUUCGCUGGGGACAAAGACGUUACUCGUGAAGCUGCCACUAAUGGCGUCCUACUCUACCUAGAUAAAGAGGAUAAGGUUUACCUAAAACUGGAGAAAGGUAACUUGGUUGGAGGCUGGCAGUAUUCCACGUUCUCUGGCUUUCUGGUGUUCCCCCUAUAG